ACAGCCUGGUGUGAAAGCACCAUGAGCCAUGGAUGUGUUCAUGAAGGUUCUCUCCAAGGCCAAGGAGGGGGUCAUGGCAGUGGCUGAGAAGACCAAGCAGGGUGUGGUAGAGGCGGCAGGGAAGACAAGAGAGGGUGUGCUGUAUGUAGGGUCCAAAACCAAGGAAGGUGUGGUUCAUGGUGUGACAACAGUGGCUGAGAAGACCAAAGAGCAAGUGACAAAUGUCUGUGGGGCUGUGGUGACCGAAGUGGCACAGAAGACUGUGGAAGGAGCAGGCAAUGUUACAGCUGCCACUGGCUUUGGCAAGAAGGACCAGAUGGGCAAGAGUAAAGAAGGAAUGCCACAAGAAGGAAUUCUGGAAGAUAUGCCCACGGAUCCUGACAAUGAGGCUUAUAAAAUGCCUUCUGAGGUUGGAUACCAAGACUAUGAACCAGAAGCCAAGGAAACAACUUCAUUGUUCAGCUCCCUCAGGUCUGCUGACAGAUGUUGUCCCCCGUACCAGUGCUCUGUUCCAACAUGCCCACCCAACCAUCACUGUUCCUUGGAGUCUUUAUAAUGCAUAAACUCCUGCAUCAGCAUCAACUGGAGUGUCCACACCUGAACUCCACUU